UAUUUAAAAUUUAUAAAAUGGCUGCUACUUUCACACUCAUUAUUUAAAUUGAAGUGCUCUGAAGUUGGCUUCCUAUGUUUGGAUAAAAAGGCAUUGAACUUCAAUGCGAGUGUAGUGAAAAAAAAGUGUAAUUACCGGUUCGGAAAAAUUAAUUACGGGCUGUAACGACAGAAUUUAUCAAUUUUAAUAAAAUUUUUCUGUAGAUUUUCAUCAUUCGAGUGACGUAAUUAUUUUCGCGUAAUUAAAGAAGUGAAAUUCAAAAAUUCCGUUAUGAGUGCGCGUUACCUAGUGAUCGUUUAAAUACUUGAAGAUAAAUUUAACUUGUGUUCUAUUAUGGAGACUGAAAACAAUCGAUGCCGGAAGAUUAUUUUUUGAUACAUUUGCUAAGUUAUAUCGACCAGUUACCAAAAAGAAUCAAAAUUUUUAUGAAUUUUUAUCAAAGGAAUUACGUGAUGAAGGAUUCAAGAUGAGUAAGCAGCCAGCGCGGUAGGAGGUGGCAUCAAGUCCUAAAAACCAUAAAUUAAAGUGUCACAUGAAAGAAAAAUAACCAGGAAAACAUAAUGAAUUCAACAGAAUUCUUUCAAGAAACGUUAAACACGACAAAUGAUACACUUAAUUUUAAUUGCGGCACUGACUUACGGAUAGUCGCGAUCGUACAUCAAGUUAUCUAUUCAAUUGUCUGUGUCGUUGGGUUGCUCGGGAACACUCUGGUUAUUUACGUGGUUCUGCGUUUUUCUAAAAUGCAGACAGUGACGAAUAUGUACAUUGUUAAUUUGGCAAUCGCUGACGAAUGUUUUCUCAUCGGAAUACCGUUUCUGGUGACGACAUUGAGCUUGAGAUAUUGGCCAUUUGGUGAAAUAAUGUGCAAAGCUUACAUGACAACCACCAGCAUCAAUCAAUUUACCAGCAGUAUAUUCCUUUUUAUCAUGAGCGCGGACCGGUAUAUUGCAGUCUGUCAUCCCAUAUCCGCAACUAAGAUGCGAACACCAUUUAUCUCAAAGGUUGUAUCAAUGACAGCUUGGUUUACCAGUGCUCUGUUUAUGAUACCUGUGGUUCUCUACGCCAACGUCAAUGAAUUCGACAACGGGAUAAGCUGUAACAUAUAUUGGCCUGACAACAAUAUUGAUAACAAUAAAACCCACGGAAACCAGACGGCACUUGACGAACAUCAAAUGCACGGUGGCCAGACCACCUUCACACUCUACACCUUUUUUCUCACAUUCGCUGUUCCUCUUACAUUCAUUCUUGUCUUCUAUUUUCUGGUUAUCAGAAAACUCCAAACAGUCGGCCCGAAAAAUAAAUCCAAGGAGAAGAAAAGGUCCCAUAAGAAAGUAACGAAGCUUGUACUUACUGUUAUCACAGUUUACGUUCUCUGCUGGCUUCCGUACUGGAUAACCCAAGUGGCGCUGAUUUACGAGCCACCGAAACAGUGUCAAUCAUCAAUAAGCAUCACUGCCUUUCUUCUUGCGGGAUUUCUCAGCUAUUCAAACAGCGCAAUGAAUCCAAUUCUGUACGCGUUUCUCAGUGACAACUUCAAAAAGAGUUUUCUUAAAGCCUGCACCUGCGCCGCUGGCAAAGACAUUAACGCGACUUUGCACAACGAAAAUAGCGUGUUUCCAAAAAAAAACAAAUCGGAUCAUGAUAAAUUAAAGUCAAGCAAAGCGAUCGCCUCAGCAAACUCCCGCGCCAAAUUGGAGGACGAAGAAGACGAACGUGGUCUACUUAUCAGCAAGACAUCCACUACAACUGUUACCAUGACAUCUAGAACAAAUAUAACGGUUAUAAGCGACUCGAAGGAUCAGAAAGGAUCCAAAGGAACGACGGGACAAAGAGACAAAGAUUGUUUACGAAAUGGUGCGCAACUUACGCUACUCACACAAGUUUAACCAUAUCAAUUAUAAUUACUCACUGAAGUUU